AACAUGGCGUCUGAAGGAGAGGCGGUUAGUGUUGCUGCAAACAGACCGGAGACCGGAGAGGGGGAUGCUGCAUUUGGGGAACUACCCAUCAGCAUGGAUACUGAAUCUUCAAAUGGCAAAGAGGGAAUGGAGACGGCUGGCGAAGGCUCAGAGGCUGCUGAUGCUCUGACUGGAUCAGGAGAUGAGGAGAGUGGGAGGCAGCUGGGGGAGGUGGAGCUGCAGUGUGCCUUGUGUAUGAAGUGGUUCACCGCAGACACAUUUGGCAUCGACACUGCGACCUGUCUUCCCUUUAUGACCAACUAUGUGUUUCACUGCAACGUGUGCCAUCACAGCGGUAACACAUACUUCCUCAGGAAACAAGCAAACCUGAAGGAGAUGUGUCUCACAGCCCUGGCAAACCUGACAUGGAGAUCCAGAACACAAGAAGAGCACCCAAAGACCAUGUUCUCCAAAGACAAGGAUAUCAUACCAUUCAUUGACAAGUACUGGGAGUGCAUGACAACUCGUCAGAGGCCGGGGAAGCUCACCUGGCCCAACAACAUAGUGAAAACAAUGAGUAAAGAGCGAGAUGUUUUUCUAGUGAAGGAACACCCUGACCCCGGCAGUAAGGACCCAGAGGAGGAGUACCCCAAAUUUGGCCUGUUGGACCAGGAUCUGGGAAACAUUGGACCCUCAUAUGACACACAGAAACAGACCACUGCUACUCCCACAGCUGGUGGGCUCAAUGGUGGAUCUUCUUUCUCAGGUGCUUUGGCCCCUGGCCCAGGAAAAGGAAGAGGAGCCAAACGUAAACAGCAGCAGCAACAGGAGGGCACGGCUGCAGGGGCGACGAAGAGAACACGCAGUGACCCUCUGUUCUCGGCCCAGCGCCUGCCUCCGCAUGGUUACCCGCUGGAGCACCCAUUCAAUAAAGAUGGGUACCGUUACAUCCUGGCAGAGCCAGACCCCCACGCCCCAGACCCGGAGAAGCUUGAGCUGGACUGCUGGGCCGGCAAACCCAUACCCGGUGAUCUGUACAGAGCCUGUCUGUAUGAGAGGGUGCUGCUGGCCUUACACGACAGAGCGCCUCAGCUGAAGAUCUCUGACGACCGUCUGACAGUGACUGGGGAGAAGGGUUACUCCAUGGUGCGAGCCUCCCACGGCGUACGGAAAGGCUCCUGGUACUUCGAGGUUUCGGUUGAUGACAUGCCUCCGGAGACCGCGGCCAGGCUCGGCUGGUCUCAGCCACUAGGUAACCUGCAGGCUCCGCUGGGUUACGACAAGUUCAGCUACUCGUGGCGCAGUAAGAAGGGCACACGGUUUCACCAGUCAAUAGGAAAGCAUUAUUCCUCAGGCUACAGUCAGGGAGACACGCUGGGCUUCUUCAUAGAGCUGCCUGAUGGCACAGAGACAGCCAAGGCUCUGCCUGACACAUACAAGGACAAGGCGCUAAUUAAGUUCAAGAGCUACCUGUACUUUGAGGAGAAGGACUAUUUGGACAAAGCAGAGAAAAGCCUCAAGUCAACGAGCCCUAGCAGGAUGAUAUUCUAUAAAAAUGGAGUGAGCCAAGGUGUUGCCUUUGAAAACCUGUACGAGGGCAUCUACUUCCCUGCCAUCUCACUCUACAAGAGCUGCACGGUUUCAGUCAAUUUUGGGCCACAUUUCAAAUACCCUCCGAAGGACAUCAAGUACCAGCCGAUGAGUGACAUGGGCUGGGGAGCUGUGAUCGAACACACACUGGCUGAUAUGCUUUACCACGUGGAGACGGAAGUGGACGGACGACGCAGCCCUCCGUGGGAAGGAUGAACACGGCUUGAAUUCAGUACGCACACUCCCCCAGUCAAAACAUUGUUCCUCCGUCGGACAGUAAAAUGAAAGCACCACACGCUGCAGUAGACUGUCGGUUGAUAAAGUUGUGGCUGAUUUCAGCUCUUGCGAUGUUAGUUUUUCCAGACAGGAAGUUAAAACCUAAUAAAUUUGUCCUAACGUGAUUCUGCCAAGUUUUUAAUGGAUGGCUGCAUAUAUCAUUUGUAAGCGUGCCAUCAGCAGACAUUCCACCCCGAACAUUUUACAACUAAAUCAUCUUAUCUUUGGUGCUCUGCUUUAAAGUAUGUAUACUUUCACGUUAUUGUUAUGCUGUAGAGAGACCUAAUUGGAUGUCAGAACCGAUGUUCUGCGUAGAGUUGCGGCCAAUCAGAUCCACUUCAACAUUUCUCAGUCAUUCUGUAGACAGGAGUUGUUUCUGCAGUCUUUAGUGUGUUUUGUCAUUUUGCUCAUUUUACUUGUUUUACAAUGUGUAUCGGUUAUUUACUGUUUUAUACUCUGGGUUAAAUAAAUAAAAUAAAAAAGCUACAUGGAGAAAGCUGAUCUCAUGAAUGAAAUCUGGAUUUCAAAAAAGGGGUCAUUUAUUUGACAUUAAAAAGUGGUUCCAAACACUUUGCUUUAAGCACUAGUGC